AUGGACUUCCGGUCCUUCGGGCGCCAGACCUGGGCCCUCACGAGGAAGAACCUGCUCAUCGCCGCCGUCAGGAAGUGGUUCUCGACGCUGCUCUGGUCUCUCGUCCUCCCCCUGGCCCUCCUCGUGCUCCUGCUCGAGUUCCAGAACUUCUCCAGGGACGGUAACCGGUACGGCGUCGGCGACCCCCACCCAAUCCGCAGUCUCGCCGACAGUCUCGCCGCCACACCCCGGAAGCUCGUCUUCGUCCAGUCCCCCGGCCUCGGCCCCGACUUCCGGCCCGUCUUCGACCAGCUCGUCAGGCCCCUGAGUCCCGGCCAGCUCGUCCACCUCGAGGACGCCGGCCAGAUAGAGGCGACCUGCCCUGUCGACUAUCACGGGAAUUCGCCGUGCCACGCCGUCGUCACCUUCCGGGAUUCUCCCCUGAGCGGCCGGGUCAACGCCACCUGGAACUACACCAUCAGUACCGAUCCCGCCUCCGGCUCUGGCGGCUUCAAUGUCUUCAGCACAGAUGACCCCCCCGAUAGGAUUCUCCUGCCUCUGCAGGCGGCCAUCGAGAAUGCCAUGGCCAACUUGACCGUCAGCCCCGAUGUCAUGGCCUACACGGCGCGGGACCAGCAGCAGGCGGAGGAGGAUGCGAGGAUAAGCUUCAUAAGUAUGGCGAUAUACAUAUUAUCUUAUGUCUACUAUUUGACCUUCUUCUCGGUCGGCCACCACGUCGCGGGCAUGAUCGCGUCGGAGCGCGAAUCGGGCAUGUCGGACUUGAUCGACGCCAUGAGUGGCGGAAUGGCCUGGCCGAGGGUUCUAAGCUAUAUCCUCACCUUCGACAUCCUCUACCUCCCUCUCUGGAUCAUCAUGGGUGCCCUGUACUCGCACCUUCUUUUGCCGAACCAGAGCGCUGCCAUUACCAUUUUUUGGCAAAUCUUCACCGGCUGGGCUACGACGAGCGCCAGCGUGUUCGGCGCUUCAUUCUUCAAGAAAUCCACCUUCGCCAGCCUCUGGGUCUCGCUAAUCCCAUUCCUGCUCGCCGUCUGCGCUUCCUUCACCGAGAACACGUACGAUCCUGCUCCGCUGGGGCAGCAUGAACUUAUCUACUUCUUCAACGCCAUAUGCAAGUCGCAGGCUGCCGGCAUCUCCCUCAGCACGCGGGAGCCAAGCCCACUUUCCUCCUCCUUGGGCAGUAUAGUAUCCGGCCAGGGCCGCCAGGUGAAUUGGAUCUAUAUCACAGGCCCGUACUCCCUCUGGAUCCUCUUGGCCGUCCAGAUCGUCGUCUACCCGUUGCUGGCCAUCCUCGUGGAGACCACACCAGAGGCUACAGGGUCUCAUAUUGCCAUCGAGACCCGAGACCUAGUCAAGCACUACCAUCCGUUGCCGCUCCGAAAGUUAUUUUGCUGCUGCGCCCGCACCCGCACCCAAGUUACAAAGGCGGUCGACGGCUUGAACCUGGUGAGCCAGAAGCGCCAGAUCCUGUGCCUCCUAGGUCCGAAUGGCUCCGGAAAGACGACGAUGCUGAACAUGUUGGCAGGAUUCCAAAGGCCUACUGGCGGUUCAGUGAGUAUCAACGCGUCGCCUUCACAAAUGGGAAUACGCCCCCAGCAGAACGUGAUGUGGGACCAACUGACUGUCUACGAGCACCUCUCGAUUUGGAAUUGCCUCAAGGGCAAUGUCGAAGAUGCAGCAGCCCUCGACCGACUCAUCGAGAAAUGCGACCUUGUACUUAAGAAAAACAGCCUCGCAGGAAGCUUGAGCGGAGGCAUGAAGCGCAAGCUACAGCUAGCCUGCAUGCUCGUCGGCGGCUCCUCCAUCUGUCUAAUGGACGAAGUCACGUCCGGCCUCGACCCCCUUUCUCGCCGCGUCAUCUGGAACGUCAUCCUCAGCGAGCGGUCCCGGAGAACCAUGGUGCUGUCGACCCACUUCCUCGACGAGUGCGAGGUCCUGUCGGACCACGUCGUCAUCAUCACCCUCGGAAAGCUCAAGUGCCAGGGAACACUAGCAGAGCUCAAGAACCAAUAUGGUGGAGGCUACCGCGUGUACGUCCCCAAGACCGAAGACGUCUCCGCGGUGCCUUACCCGAUAGCCGAAGAGCGAGACAAGUUCAUCUGCAGAACGCCGGACUCCGCAUCCGCUGCCCGGCUCCUGGGCUCUCUCCCGAACGCGAAGAAUGAAGAAGUCUACAUCACCGGCCCUACGAUCGAGGACGUUUUCCUCAAGGUCUCCGAGGAACCGCAUACCCUCAUCGGCGAGAAGGUCGAGGAGAUCUCCAUCAGCGAUGCCCAGCCGAGCAGGCAGAGAGGACCACAGGUUGAGCCGCCUCUGUGGCUCACGUACUCGCAGCAGAUCCAGGCCCUCUUCGUAAAGCGAAUCCAAGUGCUACGCUCGAAUUGGUGGCCGUACUUAUUCGCCCUCGCCAUCCCGCUCAUCGCGACGUACUUCCUAGGUGAACUCCUGAGAGACUACGAGACGCCGGACUGCAACAAGCUGGUCUCGUUCGCUUCCCGGGAACAGAGGAUGUCGAUUAGGAGCACCGGGAACCUCGCAUUAGGACCCGAGUCCCUCAACGAUACUGUCGCACAGAUAAUCGACGAUCUUUUCGGCAUCAUCCGCUACGAGUGGGAGACCGGUCCUUUUGUUCAGAACUCGCGCGUCGAGCUCGAGGACUUCGUCAGGACGCAUGGGAGGAACAUCACGAGCGGCGGUGGAAUCUGGAUGGGCGAUGAUAACAGUGCCCCACUCAUCGCUUACACCCCCUUGUACGGUAUCAACAGCCCCGAGCUCCUAAAUAUGCUCAACCAGGCACGCAGCGGCGUGCCCAUCGCAGGCUACACGUCGUCGCUCCGCUCGUACCACCAGGCCGAGGGUGGCGAGUCUGUGACCUACGUUACCAUCUUCUGCCUACUGCACACCUUGUACCCAGCCUUCUUCGCCCUAUAUCCAGCCUUCGAGCGGCGAUCUCUAGUACGAGGUCUGCAGUACUCGAACGGCGUCCGCCCGUUUCCCCUGCUGUUUUCGUACUGGAUGUUCGACUUCAUGUUUGUCCUGGUCAUCUGCGCCGCCUCGACCGCUAUGGUGGCCCCAGCUGCCCCCUGGUUUGGCCCCGGGUACGUCUGGUUUGCGCAAGUCCUAUACGGCCUCGCGGCAACCCUCUUCGCUUACCUGGUCUCGCUCGUGGCCCGCUCGCAGUCGUCAGCCUUUGCCUUCUCGGUGCUAUUCAUGUGCAUCAUGUACGCCCUCUCGGUCGUCACACUAGUUGUAUUACAAACAACGGACGGCGCCAACCAGAUGGCCAACGACGGAACCACCUUCGGACUAGGUAUCACAUUCCCGAUCCAGAACCUGAUGCGCGCGCUGGCAAUCAGCCUGAAUAUGUACAUCAUACGCUGCCGAGGUCAGACCAUGAUCACGGAUGGGGGAUCGAUAUACGCCUACGGAGGACCCAUCAUGCUGCUAAUUCUUCAAAACAUCAGUCUCUUCACGCUUCUCCUCUGGCUCGAAGGGGGCAGCUUCGCAUGGCUCAGGCGCACCAAGGCUCUCCCACCCGCCAUCUCCACGGCCGAUAUUGAGAUGACGGGAGUGUCGCCGGCCGGCCGCCCCGACGUCGACGCCGAGACAACGCGAGUCGAAGCCUCCAAAUCGGACCUGCUUCGUAUACUACACGUGUUAAAGAACUUCGGAUCCAACAUCGCCGUCGAUAACGUCUCGCUCGGCCUCCAGGAGGGCGAGAUCCUCGCACUGCUAGGCCCGAACGGCGCGGGCAAGACCACGAUUAUCAACAUGGUGCGCGGCGACCUCAUCCCGAGCAGCGGGCGCAUCUACCUCGAGGGCGUCGACGUGCUCCAGCACAGGCGGCUCGCGCAGAAGCAUCUCGGUGUCUGCCCGCAAUUCGACGCGCUGGACCUGCUCACAGUACGCGAGCACUUGGUCUUCUACGCGCGGUGCAAGGGCGUUCCCGACGUCGCGGACGCAGUGUCGCGCGUGAUGUCGCGCGUCGGCCUCACCGCGCAUGCGGCAAAGCUCGGGUCACGGCUGUCGGGCGGGAACAAGCGCAAGCUGUCGCUCGCGAUCGCGCUGCUGGGCGAUCCGCCGGUGCUGCUGCUCGACGAGCCAAGCUCGGCGAUGGACGCGGCGUCGAAGCGGGUGUUGUGGCGCGCGCUGCUCGCGGCCGUGGCUCCCGGUCGCUCCGUCCUGCUGACCACGCACUCGAUGGAGGAAGCCGACGCUCUCGCGACGCGCGCCGCCAUCAUCGCGGGCCGCGUCCUCGCCGUCGGCUCCACCCAGGCCCUGCGCCGUGCGCAUAGCAACGAGUAUCACGUCCACCUCAUCCUACGCAGCGCCCCGCCGUCCGGGGUGGAGGAGAUGCGCGGCAUCGAGGACUGGGCGCGGCGCACGUUCGGCGGAGCCGUGCGAUUCGAGGGCGAGAGCCUCGGCGGCCAGGUCCGGUUCCUGGUGCCAGCCGACAGCGAGGUGCCCUCUCCGGCGGCGCCAUCCGGCGCCCGGUGGCCGCUUGAUGGCAGUGCUGGCGAUGAUGACGGGGUCGUGUCCCCCAUCUCGCCGGCCACACCGCACACGGCGACACGCAGUUUCACGCGGUACCUGAUCGACACGCUAGAGGCGCACAAGGACGAGCUUGGAAUCGACUGCUACUCCAUUUCGGCGGCGACGAUGGAAUCGGUGUUCGUGAAAGUAGUCAAGGAGAGCGACGCAGCCGAGGAUGAGCGGACGGAGAUGAAGCGGAGGUGGCAGCGGUAA